GUCAGGGGAAGUAACCAACACAAUGCUUCCUAUUUCAGUAACAAGAUACAAGUGCCUAAAUCAUCAGGGGAGUUGUUCAGUUUCAGAAAGCUAUGGGCAUUUACAGGCCCUGGUUUCUUGAUGAGUAUAGCGUAUCUUGACCCUGGAAAUAUUGAGUCAGAUCUACAGGCGGGAUCUGUGGCAGGAUUUAGGUUAUUAUGGAUACUAAUGUCAGCCACAAUCCUGGGCCUUCUGAUGCAGCGUCUGUCAGCCAGACUCGGUGUUGUCACAGGAAUGCACUUGGCUGAAAUAUGUUACACACAGUACCCUAAGAUACCACGUCUCAUCCUUUGGAUCAUGGUUGAGAUAGCUAUUAUAGGAUCUGAUAUGCAGGAGGUAAUUGGAACAGCCAUAGCCUUUUAUCUUUUGUCAAAUGGAAAGAUUCCACUUUACGCAGGAGUGAUCAUCACCAUUGCUGACACAUUUACAUUUUUAUUGCUUGACAAAUAUGGUCUAAGGAAGCUGGAGGCUUUCUUUGGGUUCCUUAUCACCGCCAUGGCCAUCACCUUUGGUUAUCAGUAUGUGAUUGUGAAGCCAGACCAAGGGGAUGUAAUGAAGGGACUUUUUAUACCUUACUGUGAUGGGUGUGGACCAAAACAAAUCCUUCAAGCAGUCGGUAUUAUAGGAGCCAUUAUAAUGCCCCAUAAUAUUUAUCUACAUUCUGCUCUUGUCAAGUCACGAGAAAUUGACAAGACCGAAAAACACGAGGUUAAGGAGGCUAAUAAAUAUUUUUUCAUUGAGGCAGCCAUCGCGCUGUUCGUGUCAUUUAUCAUCAAUUUGUUUGUGACAGCAGUAUUUGCUGAGGGUUUUAACGUCAAGAAUGUUACGGAGGUGUAUUCCAACUGCUUGGCGAACAACAACCCACAUGCUGAUGUUUUCAAUACUUCAUCACUUGAAGUGGAUAUCUUUAAAGGGGGAGUGUUCUUAGGGUGUCAGUUUGGACUAGCAGCGAUGUAUAUAUGGGCUGUAGGAAUUUUAGCUGCUGGACAAAGUUCUACAAUGACUGGUACAUACACCGGUCAGUUUGUUAUGGAGGGGUUUUUAAAUUUAAAAUGGAAACGUUGGCAGCGAGUUUUGCUAACACGAAGUAUUGCAAUAUGCCCUACUAUUUUGGUGGCUGUGUUUUCGGGGAUCAACGACCUAACACGCAUGAAUGACCUUCUGAAUGUAUUGAUGAGUCUUCAACUUCCUUUUGCUCUUAUUCCGAUCCUGUCUUUUACUAGUGCAACCUACAUCAUGGGAGAAUUCGUAAAUGGAAUUGUCAUGAGAGUUGUUGCCAGCGUGCUGACUUUGGUUGUCAUAGCAAUCAAUAUUUACUUUGUGGUUGUGUUUGUCCAGGACUUUCCUCAUUAUUGGUUGAUCUAUCUUGCCACGGCUGUCAUCAUAUUUCUGUACCUUCUCUUUGUCUUCUAUUUGACAUGGUUUUGUUUAGUUAUCAUGGGGUGUGAUUUUCUUCUGAAGGUUCCGUGUUUCACCUGCCUGUCACCUCUAUACACUUUAAAACAUUCCAACACAGUGUUGAGCGAGAGUACAGAACUAAAUCAGGACAGCCCUCCGACCUUUACAGCUUUACCUUCAAAUUAG